AGGAGGGAGCUAGGGGAGCGCGGGCUGGCUGCUCUGUCUGAAGGUCGCCGGGAACCGCCGCCCUUCACGUUCCUCGGAAAUCAGCCAUACCCCGCCAAGGCUCCCCGCCCAGCGCUCGCAGACAGAGGCCACGUUCUCCCGGCCGCGGCAGCUAGACCUUGACACAAAGGACAUCACACCGCCGGGGAUAAGAUCCGGAAGGGAGGACACCUUGACUUCUCACCCUGUGACACUUUUCCCUUUAUUGCCCAAGUAUUUAUUGAGUGCCUACUGUGUACCAGGCGCUAUCUCUAUGUGCAUACAAAAACCCUGGAAGGUCAUACGCCAAUAUAUAUACACUGAUCGUCUCUGCUUGCUGAGAUAACAGGGGUGUCAAGCUUAUAUUUUUGCUGCUAUCCACUUGUAAAUACACUCAGAACAGGAGAAUUUGGACGAAGUUUUUGACUACAGGUACUUUAUAAACAUGAUGCAUUUCAAAAGUGGACUCGAAUUAACCGAGUUGCAAAACAUGACAGUGCCCGAAGAUGACAACAUCAGCAAUGAUUCCAAUGACUUCACUGAAGUAGAAAAUGGUCAAAUAAAUAGCAAGUUUAUUUCUGAUCGCGAAAGUAGAAGAAGUCUCACAAACAGCCACUUGGAAAAAAAGAAAUGUGACGAAUACAUUCCAGGAACCACCUCGUUAGGCAUGUCUGUGUUUAACCUGAGCAACGCCAUUAUGGGCAGUGGCAUUUUGGGACUCGCCUUCGCCCUGGCAAACACCGGAAUCCUACUUUUUCUGGUACUUUUGUCUUCGGUGACACUGCUGUCUAUAUAUUCAAUAAACCUUCUGUUGAUCUGUUCAAAGGAAACAGGUUGCAUGGUUUAUGAAAAGCUGGGAGAGCAGGUCUUCGGCACCACAGGGAAGUUUGUCAUCUUUGGAGCCACCUCUCUACAGAACACCGGAGCAAUGCUGAGCUACCUCUUCAUAGUCAAAAAUGAACUACCCUCUGCCAUAAAGUUUCUAAUGGGAAAGGAAGAGACAUUUUCAGCCUGGUACGUGGAUGGCCGUGUCCUGGUGGUGAUUGUCACCUUCAGCAUAAUUCUCCCUCUGUGUCUCCUGAAGAACUUAGGGUACCUUGGCUAUACUAGUGGAUUUUCCUUGAGCUGUAUGGUUUUUUUCCUAAUAGUGGUUAUCUACAAGAAAUUUCAGAUUCCCUGCAUUGUUCCAGGGCUAAAUGCAACAAGUGCUAAUUCAACAAAUGCUGACAUGUGUACGCCAAAAUAUGUUACCUUCAAUUCAAAGACCGUGUAUGCUCUACCUACUAUUGCAUUUGCAUUUGUCUGCCAUCCAUCAGUCCUGCCAAUCUACAGCGAGCUUAAAGAUCGAUCACAAAAAAGGAUGCAGAUGGUUUCAAAUAUCUCCUUUUUUGCCAUGUUUGUUAUGUACUUCUUGACCGCCAUUUUUGGCUACUUGACAUUCUAUGAAAACGUCCAGUCGGACCUCCUUCACAAAUACCAGAGUAAAGAUGACAUCCUCAUCCUGACGGUGCGGGUGGCUGUCAUCGUGGCUGUCAUCCUCACGGUGCCGGUGUUAUUUUUCACGGUUCGUUCGUCUUUAUUUGAACUGGCUAAGAAAACAAAGUUUAAUCUGUGUCGUCACAUCUUCGUGACCAUCAUACUCUUGGUCAUUAUCAACUUGUUGGUGAUCUUCAUACCCUCCAUGAAGGAUAUCUUUGGGGUCGUAGGUAUGGCUUUAGGACUUCACACUUAUUGUGCAGCAGCUGCCCUCUUCUUGGGCCUGGGGGUGUUGUUUUCCCUGGUCAGCAUUCCCUUGGUCAUCUACGACUGGGCCUGCUCAUCAGGGAGUGACGAAGGCCACUGAGACCAGCUGGGAAGCGUCAACACUCCCGUGAGCUGCUCAAGUCACCAACCACACAUCAGCAACCCUCAUCACUUCCUUUGCAAGUUUACAGAAGCAAACAGAAAUUUACAGGAUACUUCAAAUGGAAUCCCACUUUGGUCGCAAAACAGAAACCUGUUUCUAUACCGGUUCGUGUCCCUCCAAGAUCUGAGAUCAAUUUAAGGAUCAUGGAUUUCCCCCCCCACUUCAAAUUUCACGGAAUCAUAUUUCCUAGUACUUUCCACAGUCAGUUAUUUUUCACUCUCCUAACUCAUUUUUGUGUGACUUCAUGGUCUCUUAGAACUUUGAAAACAUGAUCAUCAAUCAUGUUUAUUUAUUAUAGAUCCAGAUUCUGAAAUAAUUUUCCUACUGAUGUUCAGCUCACACUAUCUGUAUCUUUUUAGAAGAGAAAAUAAUCUUGAAUUGUAUAUAUUUAUUUUGCUUUACAGAAGAAAAAAAGGUUUCGUAAAUAAUUUGCCUAUUUGGGUUAACAUAGCACACAGGGAUCAUCGUUGGGGAGUCGCGGGGUGCGUGCAUUGCAGGGUCCAAGCACGCCCUGGGUUUGAGGUGGCUCUGAGACCCGCAGGCAGACCAGUGGCCUCCCGGGUACUACGUCCACUUCAUACAAAGACAUUCCCUGGUGAAGUGUUCUCUCAGCUGGGAAGGGGUGGAAAUGAUUCUUACCUUGGUAAACACAUUAAACUACACAUGUGGGGAAUCUAGCAAAUUAAGUUUUGUUUCCCUCUUGGCAACUUGUGUCAAAGUUACUCUGACCUGAGUUAAUUUCUACUGGGGAAGCCCCAUAACACCUUUAUAAUAAAUUGAGGAGCAAGAAUACUGCAAAAAGAUUGUCCAAAAUGCCUAAGAGAAUAUUCCUCUGAUGCAGAUCGCCUUCAACCCUACACUGGAUUGUUGGAGGGAGAAACGUUUUCUUACUAGUAAAUGAUAACCCCAGAAGCUUUUCCUCAUGUCCACCAGCUUUUUGCACAGGGAAUAAGGUGUAUCUAACCAAGGAUGAUCUAAGUAAUUCCUGUUUUAUAUUGGGUACUUUAGGGGGAGGGAGGGUGUCUUUAAAAGACUUGUUUUAUAUCUAUAAAUUUAGGUUAUUAUAAAUACAAGAUUUUUGUAUCUUAAAUAAGCCUCAUUCCUAUUUCUUCUCCAUUAACAAUCCAUCCAGAGUGUUAGAAAGAGAAAGAGAACCCUCAGAGAUAGUCUUUGAGGAGAACUUGUGACAAAAAUCACGGAGUACCUUCCUUUCCCCCAUGAGGACCUCGGUGUCCCCGCUGUUCCUCCUUGCUGCUAGCUGAGGCUGGGCCAUUCCUGCUUGCCCCCCGUACCCCACACAGGGUAGAGCUGCCCUGCACUCAUACCCUAGCCCCUCUUCUAAAGGGAGCAGAAGGAAGCUACAGAGACUGAGAAAGGAGAGAGUUUAGGACAGGUAGUUUGGAAAGUAAUGAAGACCAGAACCCCAGAACUGCAUUACCCCUAAGCUGGGCCAUCACCUGUGGUUGGAUUGUCCCAUGUCACAGUCAGAAAUGUGCGUGCUCCGUGCACUGGUCUCUUGACAGAGGCCUUGUGUUUUCAUCUAGAUUCUGGUUGAAUGUCUCAAACAGAAGUUCACCGAGCACAGAUUCCUUAUCCUGUGAUAAGUAGACUCUAGCCACAGACUCUUGGCAAGGCUUCCAGGCACUGAGCUCUGGCUUCUGUUCCUCCCCCAUUCACACCCCAGAAGCCUCCACACUCCCUGGGAGCUCCCUGGAAUGGUACCCCUCCCCCCCCUACAGACCUCUGUCCCAUGGAAGAGGCUCUGUGGGGAGAAGGAAAAGGUCAUCAUAGCUUUAAUGUAAUGUUCCAGAACCACAUUCACAUUAGGUCAGAGUUCAGGCACUUAGACACGAAUGCCUAACCCAGUAAUAUGGAAGACACUGCCGAAAAGAAUGUCUUAGGUGAGCAGGGAGAGAAACAGCAAAACAAGUCAAGUCAGUUGGCCCUCGGAGGCUUGUCUAGAGCAGCAAGUAAUGAAAUACCAGAUAGUGGGAUGGCCCUCCAUUGAAACAACAUAUUCCAGCCAUAUUUUGCUACUUUCUAUUUUCCUCAUUAAUUUACAAUUCAUUCAUCUUACACUCCCAAAGUCCAUUUAGAAAUUUAUCAUUAACUCUUGGGGGGGAAAGGAUGUGUAAUGAUAUUUUUGGAUCUCUGGAUUUUGUGUCAGUAAAGGAAUAAUUAUUAUUUAAAAUAUAUUUAUUUAGAGGAGGCACAUUAGUGUAGAUGUCUAGGAUACCACAGGUUUUUAAAAUAUUCUUUGUAUGUUUAUCUAAGUUGACUGAAUACAAUAGACCCUACUGUAGUUUGUCAAAUAUCACGGAUUACACCAUUUGUGUGGGAUUAGCUGUAAAGUAUACUGCUGUUAAUCUUGUUCAGAAUAGUGAACUGGUAGCCAAAAAUACAUGUAUCACAGAUGUUAGCUAGAAUUUAAACAACGCAGUCCAAGUACUAUAGAAGUUCUUCUGCUAAAUCAGUAGACUAAAGAAUAUUAUACCUUACGCCACUGGGAGCAGCACCUUUUCCUUUGGUAGCCAGAUCUCAGGGCUAGUGAACAGUGCCAGUUUAAUACUUUGGAUUUACAACUGUUCUCUGGUUAUUGCAAUACAGACUAAUGUAAAUCCCUGAUUUCCUUAAUGCUACUUAACGGAAGUGGGGGUAGCAAAGUGUGCACAGGAAAGAAAUGUAGUCUUGUUAAGCAGAGGCAGUCCCAAGUUAUAAGCUGAUCAUAUUGUGAAACUUUCAGUUGAUUAUUUGCAACCUGAAAUGUAUUUCCUGUUACAAACGGGGUUAUACAUGGUGGUUAGGCCCUCAGACCAGCUAGAAAAGAUGAUUAAACCCAUAGUUUAGCUGAAAUUGGAUAAUAUAACAAGAUUGUUAAAGAACCUAACCACUAAACAUAAUAUUGUUUCUAGGGGUAUUUGUUCAGAGUUGCCAAGAAUAUGUCAUUCCUGUUGUUAGUGGAUUCUGGGUCGCCCAGCGCAGCGACACACACCUGCUGGAUGACGGGCGUAGGGGCACCACCAUCUGAAGGUGACCAGAGUGGCCUGAAGCAGGGUCCCCAGCAGAGGAGGGGGAGAGCAAGCCCGGGGCCACCAGAGAACCCAGUGUAGGCAGAGUGAGAAGGAGGAUGAGGGGCCUCUUGUGAGUUGUAAACCACAGGGACCUUCCUCAGCUGAUACCUUCUUUUCUCUGGAGGUCACAGGUUUGGCCUUGUCUGCUUCUAUUAUAGGACCUUGUGCUCCUAUAGUUCAUCUCCUUUCCUGCCCACUGCACACACACAAAAGGAUGUUGUUGCAUAGCCCCUCCCACAUGCCAGUCAGUCAUUGGAACCAGCAUACAGUACUUGUAAUGGGUUCGGUGCUAGUAAAUCGUGUUUUCACUGCCCAGUCAUCAGCUGGGGGUGGAAAAGCUUUCUACCACUUUCCUUUUUCUACAUUUGCACAUCCUGUAGAGAAAGGCGCACCUGGGUGAUGUAAUGGUUACAGGCUUGGGGUUGACAAAGGACUGUGGUAGGAUUCCCUGGUAUUUCAGAGGACAGCACAGACAGUUACCCCAGAAUGGAUGUUUUCCUGGAGUUGGACUCGAGCCUCUAGGCCAGUGGUUCUCAAAGUGUGGCCCCCAGAGCAGCAGCACCUGGAACUUGUUGGAACGCAAACUCUCAGGCCCCACCCCAGACCCAGUGAAAGCGGAAGCUGGGGGGUUGGAGCAGCUAACAAGCCCUCCUGGGGGUCACAAUAGCACUGAGCCAGUUAGUCUCCCCUUUGUUCUCCCAUUCGUCCCACCCAGAGGAUGGUUCAGAGGACUCCCAGGAUGAGAAAUGGGAAGCAGGACUUGGGGCAGGAACUGGCCCCAGUCCGGGUGCCUCCUCCCCUCCCACUGGCACGGCUGCUGCAGGUGCUCAGUUGUAUGGAGGCUGCUUGCACUUUAUAUAACUUUGGGCUGAGGCAUAACGAGGACACAUUUUUUAGUGCUGUGAAAAGAGUGAGGUGUUACUGUGUUUGUUUUUUUGGGUUUUUUUUUGUUUGUUUGGUGUGUUUUUUUCAGGGGAAUUGAAAGAACAGACCCUUCGUAAACGCAGCCUUAGAGGAAUUACUGAGUUCAUGCCAGGAGUAAGUUCUGCAGAAUGUUGAGUCAUUGGGUGGUGAUCCAUCCGUCCUCUUGCUAAAGUGAAUUCCUUGCUGAAAGGUCUGCACUGAAUAUGGAGCUGCAAACUGCUUUGAAAAGAAUGCAGCGCUCAGUGUAUCAGAAGGCUGGGCGGCACCGCUGAGUGGGGUGGGGAGGAGGUCAGUGAUGUGAUCAGAUAUUUUAUGCCUUAAAGCAAAAGCCAUUAGUUCCUCUCAGUUUAUCAAUAUAAACAGCUUGAGGCUUAGAAAGGGCAUAAGGAUAUAAUCCCUCCAUUCCAGUUCAUAGUAAACUUCCAGCCACUUUCAAAACAAAGGAGAUACGGACUCUAGCAUUUAGCAAUGCUAACAACUGAUUUCCUUAGGGAUGGCAGAUCUGAGAAUCCUUUAGCAACAGAACACACGUCCUUUAAAAUACAGUUUAUUAUUUAUGAUAUCAGGCUUUCAGGUACAACUUGGGGGUAGGUUGGCUAACAGCUAAAAAAGUAUCACCAUAUCUAAAAGGGAACGUUCUCGGAAAAUACGGAAAAUUCACAAGGCUUAGGCAUUCUCUUUUUGGGUUUUCUCAGAGAAAGGGCUGUGAAACUGGGCCCAUCUGUGUACAGGCUUGAAUUUGUGUGUUUAAAGAAGUAUCUAUGCAGCUGAGGCUUAUUGUAGGAAAUACUUCAUUUGUAUGUAAAUAUCCUGUAAAUAAAUAGGAGGCUGUAUAUUUUUGCAGUUGUUGACUCACACGGAAAUAGAAGUCUCUAUCGUCUGCAUUUCAAGAAUAAAAGUUUUCAUAGAUAUUAGUGGGGUUUGGGGGGAAUUAGAAAAAUUUACAUUCUCUGCCAGGUAACAUAGUGCUCUCAAUGUAGACUUGGAAUCUAAAAAUCUUACUUAAUUGUUUAGAAAGAGAAGUGUCGAAGAACUAGUAGUGUUGAUUUCAUUAAGAUCAAUCAUUUAAAAGAUAUUAAGGUCAAUUAUUUAAAAGCUAGUCCUCUGAGCUACAACUAAGGAAUAUUAGACCUAAAUUAUUAUCUAUAGAAAUAGAUAUACCCAAAAUGACACACUAUUUUUUCAUAACACUCUUUCACUCUCAACACUGAUACCACUGCACAGUAUUUAUAAAAACAAGUUGGAAAGAAGAAUGCUUUUAUUUUUUUCAAAAUUGAAUUGCUGCAUUUCCCAAACUUUGGGAUCUUGGAAAAGGGGAAAGAAUCUGAACAUUAACUAGGAGCACAAAUUUGAAGGAGGGGAAAAACACACACAUUACUUUAUCAAGCUUUUGAAAGUCUUGCAUGUUUGCCUUAUAUUUUCAGUAUGGACCCCAAGACUGUCUUAAGUCAUCUUUUCCCCAAACAUGUCAAUCUUCAUCAUUGGGAUGUAAUCCACUCUCGAGUCCAGUGUAUUUCAGACUUCAUCUAAGUCCAGUACAUGCAGCACACCACUCUUUUAUUAAUGUAAAAACCUUGUAAAUGAAUUUUAGAGCAAUGACUUAAGUGAGUCACAAGUUACCAAACUGCUAUUCAUGCUUAAUCAAAUAGAGGGUUUUUCCCCCCCAGGAGGUGGUGUAAAUAAAGAAAUGUAAGAGGUUCUGUUCUAUAACUGUUCUAUUAACAUGGUUUUUAAACAUUAAAAACAUGAACUAAAAGUA